AUGCCGCCCAAGAUACCCCUUCCCUGGGGCCAAUUACCCCCCUCCUUCCUCCUCCCUUCGACUACGCGGCUCCUCCUCGCAUCCACUCUCAAGAAAGCGCCCCUGCAAACCACCCACAUCACCACCCGCGGCAUAAAAUCCACCUUCAAACCCAAACCCAACCGCUUCAAUCACCACCCCUCCAAACCCGCUCUCAAUGCCUCGUCCACCGCAGCUCUCGCCCGUCGCGCCCAUAGUACCCCGCUGCGCACCGGCCUCCUCGCAAACAAAAAAGGCAUGACGGCCAUGUACGACCCCGAGACGGGCAAACGCACCGCCUGCACCGUCCUCCAGCUCGACCGCAACGAAGUCAUUGCGCACAAGCGGCGCGACAAGAAUGGGUAUUGGGCGGUUCAGGUGGGCGCGGGCGAGAAACUGCCCAAGAAUGUGACCAAGCCUAUGCUGGGCCAUUUUGCGGGCGCGGCCGUGAGCCCCAAGAGAUGGGUUGCCGAGUUCAAGGUGAGGGAUGAGGCGGGGCUGGGUGUGCCGGUGGGGAGUAUGGUUGGGGCCGGGUGGUUCAAUGUCGGGCAGUGGGUGGAUGUCAAGGGUAUUAGUAGGGGUAUGGGGUUUGCAGGUGGCAUGAAAAGACACGGCUUCGGCGGACAACCCGCAUCACACGGUCAAUCGCUCAUGCAUCGCGGCAUGGGAUCAGCAGGUGGUUCACAAGGCUCAGGUUCCCGCGUCCUACCGGGCAAGCGCAUGGCCGGAAACAUGGGCAACGAAAGCGUCACAGUCAAGAAUCUCAAGGUCCUCCAAGUUGAUGCGGCAAAUGGAAUCCUCGUCGUCACAGGCGCCGUCCCCGGCCCAAAAAACCAAAUCAUACGCGUCUCAGACGCCCGCGAUAAGCCCUGGCCCGCCGGCCCCAUGAGCACCACGGAUCUCUCCCCAUCUGAGGUCUUGGCUACGGCUGCGAGUGCAGAAGUUGCGGCUGAGGUGGCGGCGGCGUAG